AUGGAGCGCAGACACACCUCGACGGCGCCGCCAACGCGGUCCGCCGCCGGUGGACGAUCCAGCAUACGGCCCGGGACAACACGAACAGGCUCGGCCGCGCCCCCCUCCCGACUCGGCAUGGCCCGACACGCAGCCACCUCGCGACUCGCGCGCGCCGCUUCUCCAGCCGAAUCUCUCAUGUCCGUGGCGACUUCUUCCGCUGGCGGCGGGAAGCGCAAGGAGCGCGACUUUGACCCCGACGACGGCGAGGCUACCAACAUCAAUGUCGUUGUGAGGUGUCGCGGGCGGAACGAGCGCGAGGUGAAGGAGAAUAGUGCGGUGGUUGUGCGCACUGAUGCUACGAAGGGAAAGCUGGUGCAGUUGUCGAUGGGGCCGAACUCGGUUAGCGACAAGACGUAUAAUUUUGAUCGGGUGUUUUCGCAGGCGGCGGAUCAGGGUAUGGUGUUUGAGGAGGUGGUGAAGCCGGUUUUGGAUGAGAUGCUCUCCGGAUACAACUGCACAAUAUUCGCCUACGGGCAAACAGGUACCGGGAAAACAUACACCAUGUCGGGCGACCUGACGGAGUCCAUGGGGAUGCUGUCCGAUAAUGCCGGCAUCAUCCCUCGUGUGCUCCAAGCCCUGUUCAAAAAGCUCGAGCUGGAUGAGCAAGAAAACUCAGUCCGGUGCUCGUUUAUCGAAUUGUACAACGAAGAACUUCGGGACCUCCUCUCCUCGGACGACAGCGCCAAACUCAAAAUCUACGACGACACCUCACGAAAGGGCCACUCGACGACCAUGGUGCAGGGGAUGGAGGAACGGUACAUCCAGAACGCUGGCGAAGGCCUCAAGUGGCUUCGGGAAGGGAGCGUCAAGCGGCAGGUGGCCGCCACCAAGUGCAACGACCUGAGCAGCCGUAGUCACACGGUGUUCACCAUCACAGUGUAUGCGAAACAAAAGACGGAGAACGGAGACGAUUUUCUCAUGCUGGGCAAGCUGAACCUGGUUGAUCUGGCCGGCAGCGAGAACAUCCAGCGAUCGGGAGCGGAGAACAAACGCGCGGCCGAGGCAGGGCUGAUCAACAAGAGCUUGCUCACCCUGGGGCGCGUCAUCAACGCCCUCGUCGACCGCAGCCCGCACAUCCCCUACCGAGAGUCGAAACUUACCCGGUUGCUGCAAGACUCGCUCGGUGGCCGCACCAAGACGUGCAUCAUCGCGACCAUCUCGCCGGCCAAGAGCAACUUGGAAGAGAGCAUCUCGACCCUCGACUACGCCUUUCGCGCCAAGAACAUCCGCAACAAGCCGCAGCUGAACGCGCUCACUAACAAGAAGACGCUCCUGCGGGAUUUGACGAUUGAGAUUGAGCGCCUCAAGGCCGAGCUGAUUGCGACACGGCAGCGGAACGGGGUCUAUCUGUCGAACGACACGUACGAGGAGCUGACGGUGCAGAACGAGUCGCGGCGUAUCCUGACGGAGGAGCAAGGGGCGAAGAUUGAGACGCUCGAAACGAAUCUCAAAAACAAGCUGCAGGAGCUGCUCUCGGUCACAUCGAACCUGAUGGGGCUCAAGAAGGAGCACGAAGGGACGCUAGCCCAGUUUGACGAAACCAAGGGGGUGCUGGACCAAACGGAAAUCGUGCUGGCGGCUACCAAGAACGCGCUAGCUGAGGAAACACACAUCCGCAAGGCCCAUCAGGAGACGGAAGAGCAGCUGGCCGUCCUUGGCGGCGACCUCCUCAACACGCUCGAGAGGACAGUCGGCGACAUUGACGGGCUCCGGGCCAAAAGCCGGCGGAAAUCAGACCUGCACAACCUCAACCGCAGCACGUGGCACAUGUCGCAGGCGCACGUGGCCGAUAUCACCGAACUCGUGGAGGGCCGCAUCGAAGAGUUUCGGCAGGGGCAGGAAGAGCACAUCUCGAGCGUCUCGCAGCGCAUGCAGAUGUUUGUUCGGGAAGAAUUAGAAAAACUGUCGUCGACUCAGACCUUUCUAGAUGAGAAUCUGGCGCAGUUUACCGAGUCGAGGACGCAACUGGUGGAGCAGCAGGCGCGGUCGAAGGAGGAGAUGGACACGGUGCUGGAAGAAAUCAAGGUUGUUCGGGACAACGUGAAACAGCGCGUCGGGGAGAGCCUCCAGGCCAUUGCCGCGGCGGCCGAGCGGAUUGCCGGGGAUGUGCUCAACGAGCUCGGCACGUUCCACAGCCAGCUGCAUACGUCGUACAGCUCGCUGGGAAAGGACUUCAAAACGGUGUUUGAGGAGCUGCUGCGGCACAUCCGCGCCCAAAAGGUUGAGUCCGAUAGGCUCAGACACGAGCUUGAAGAGGCGAGCCACGCCAUCGUCGAGUCGAACGAGUCGGCUUCCACGAGGAUCCAGGAAGUGCUGGACGAGGAACGGGCGCAGGCGGCGACAGAGCGGCAGGCUCUGCUCUCGCAGAUCACGAGGCUUAUCAACUCGCAGGCCGAGCUCCAAGAGUCACGCCUUGCAGACAAGGCCGCACUCGUCCAGGAGUCGAUCUUGGACUCGAACAAGGUGUUCCAGGGUAGCAUGGCGGAGUAUUCCACGGGCAUGAACUCGUGGAACGAGAAGGACGCCAAGGUGGUCGAGGAGGUGACUAGCUCUAGGGAUGCGCUUAAGACGCGACUCAAGGACGACUGGACGGUGGCAAACAAGCACAGCACCUCGAUCCAGGCAACCACCAAGUCGGUCCAUGCCGAGACGGUACGGGUUGUGGAAGAGCAAAUCCAAGAUCUGGACGCACAGAUGCAGGAUCUCGACGACUUUGUGUCACGGGCCAAGACCCAAAACGCGAGCCACCACGGCCAACACGGGGAGUCGGUCCAGAGCCUCAACAUCGCAGUCGAACAGUCCUUUGCCAACAUCUCAGGCCACUUCAAAGAGACCUUCGGCCGCGUCCAGGACCUCGGCGAGGAGAUGGACACCGAGGCGCAACAUCUCGAAGACGCCCUCGGGCCGCUCGAUCAACACGUUUGCCAGCCCCUCUCCGAACUCCGCGAACAUAUCCAACAAACCGAGCUCACCGAGUACGAACCCACCGGCGAAACCCCGGCCAAAGUCAAGUACGAGUUCCCAACCGACUUGCCGCGGACGAGUGCCCACGAGGUUCUGCUGGCUGCUAUCCGUGGCUCGCCCGUGUCGACUCCGGUUAAAUUUACGGCCGGCAACAGCAGCAACACCAGCACGCCAACCCCGGCUGUCCUGCCAGAUCUCGACCGGACGCCAGUGCCCACACCAACACGCCCAACGACGUCCGACAGCCAGCCGGAAACGGAAGGGUUAAGAGAAAUCGACGUCAACUUAGCGGGUGCUACCCCAACAACGGGGUCUAUCAACCUAGCCUCCUCCGGCCCAUCCAUCCUCUCCCCCCCAACCGUAUCAUCAACCGCCACUGCCACCGCCACCAUCACCACAACAAACGCCAACACAGGUGUUGAUUCAGCAAUGCCCCUACCAGUCUUCAAACAAGCGACGUCGAAGACAACAAAUGCGCGGACGAGAUCGUCACGACUGUCGAAACGAGCGGGGCUGAUGGCGGACGGGGCGGAAAAUAUGCCGCCGCCGCCGAUGCGGAGUUCGACUAGGAGGAAGAGUCCCAGGUUGAGGUGA